UUGACAGUGCGAAGUUUGAGUGCUUUAUUUUUUUUUUGAGUGCGAACGCUUUGGAUUUUUACGUACCUAUUUUUUUUAUUGCUAGUUUAAAAAUGUGGUAACAAGAGGGUUACAAUGGGCCGUCGUUUGGAGCAAAAUCAAUGUUCGACCGAACCCUUCUCGCGAACAAUGGAGCUCAAUAUAACUUAAACCCGUGACAAAAUGUGAAACCAUGAGAUUGGACGUCGACAUCGUGCUGAACAACCAGAAUUUCACGUUGGACUUCAGAGAGCUAUCCACUUCGAUGUAUCUCACGGACAGCUACGUCAACCACUCCCUGGAGAUAAACGAGACAACCAACGAUAUUAUAUACAGCAACCAGUUUGAAGACGAGGCGUUCUUCGUCUUCCUCGCCGUCUUAAAAUGUAUCAUCAUGCUCUUUAUCAUAACAGCUGCGAUAUUCGGCAACUUACUGGUCAUAGUGUCCGUCAUGCGGCACAGGAAGUUACGGGUGAUCACAAAUUACUUCGUCGUUUCCCUGGCUUUGGCUGAUAUGCUCGUCGCGAUCUGGGCCAUGUGCUUCAACUUUAGCGUCGAAAUUACAAACGGGGAAUGGCUCUUUGGGUACUUCAUGUGCGAUGUCUGGAACUCGUUAGACGUGUAUUUUUCUUCAGCGUCCAUCCUACACUUGUGCUGUAUAAGCGUGGAUAGAUAUUAUGCAAUUGUUCAGCCACUGGAUUAUCCGUUGAUUAUGACGACAGGCCGAUUAGGAGUGAUGUUAGCGGUGGUCUGGUGUAGUCCAGCUUUAGUUUCAUUUCUGCCAAUAUUCAUGGGCUGGUACACAACAGUGGAGCACUUGGACUUUAGGAAAAAACACCCGAAGGUGUGCAGCUUUACCGUGAACAGGAUAUACGCUGUGAUAUCGAGCAGUGUCAGCUUCUGGAUCCCGGGAGUGAUCAUGCUGUUCAUGUACUAUAGGAUAUAUGUGGAGGCGGAUAGACAGGAGAGGAUGUUGUACAGGAGUAAAGUAGCAGCUCUGCUCCUGGACAAGCACCUGCAGAUCAACGGGAUAUCCGUGGGGGAGGUGAUGAGGGAACGCCAGAGCAUCCAGAUGCAGCCGAUGGCCAACAAGAUGAAGCGAGAGAGGAAGGCGGCCAGGACCCUGGGCAUCAUCAUGUCGGCGUUUCUGGCGUGUUGGUUGCCGUUUUUCUUGUGGUACAUAAUAACAGCUCUCUGCGGGGAAGCGUGCCCCUCCCCCCCUCCAGUGGUCGCGGCCGUGUUCUGGGUGGGAUACUUCAACUCAGCCUUGAAUCCCCUCAUCUAUGCGUACUUUAACAGGGACUUCAGAGCUGCCUUUCGGAAGACUUUGGACUCAUGCUGCAGAUCAAUGUGCGGCAACAUAGGCCGGCGGUACUGCGCGCACAUGCAGCGCCGGGAACAGCACCACUCCAACACAUCUGACCUGCACAACCACUGCAUCAAGUCGACAUCUGCUGACGUGCUGCGGCAGGCGACCUUCUCCAGACCUGAGGAUAUCGUGUUCGAUACUUAGUAAAUUGAGAAGACAGAACAACCAAGAUUUAAAAGCAAAUUUAUUAUAAUAUUACACUCAUAUUAUAAGUAUAUAUUUAUCUAUAGAACUGCUAAUUAUAAGAAAUUUUCGUUCAUAGUUUUUUUGAUGAAACCAAAAUAAGGGAAAAUAAGGGUUUCAUCAAAGAAACUAUGAACGCAAUGAUUCUGCGGUGGGAUCUUAGACUAUAAUAUCAUUCCUGCUUCAUUCCAAUUACUUAAGACUUGGCUGCAGCGCACAGAAAGUAUUUAUUUAAUUAUAUAUUGCUUAUAAAUUUAGACCAAAGAUUACAGACCAAACUGAAACAAAAGAUUUUCGUAAAAAGCUGUGGUAAAAAGCUAUAUGAAUCAAGUAUGUAUAUGUAUAAUGUAUAUAGUUCUAUUACAAAGGGUAACUAUGGCCUGAUAUUUAAAUGAUAAUAAGUUAAUGUUCUACAUAAUAAUAUUUCUUUUAAAUUGACUCGGAUUAUACAAUGCUAGAGGUUAAAAAUACUGCAAUUGUGAAAUUUUUUAUCUAUUAGUAUGUUAAUGAGUUACUAGCUGCACUCCGCGGUUUCACCCGCAUGGCUCCGCUUCUGUUGA